AGAUUUAAUUUAGUUGAUUUUCUGUGGUGGUUGGUUGUUCACUAGUCUCACGGUGAUGGAAGCUGCACAUUUUUUCGAAGGGACCGAGAAACUGCUGGAGAUUUGGUUCUCCAGGCAGCAACCCGACGCAAACCAAGGAUUUGGGGAUCUUCGCACCAUCCCAAGAUCCGAGUGGGACAUACUUUUGAAGGAUGUGCAGUGUUCAAUCAUAAGUGUGACAAAAGCUGACAAGCACGAAGCUUAUGUACUCAGUGAGAGUAGCAUGUUUGCCUCCAAGAGACGUUUCAUUUUGAAGACACGUGGUACCACCCUCUUGCUGAAACUUGCUAGGGAUUACAGUGGGUUUGACUUAAUUCAAAGUUUCUUUUAUUCUCGUAAGAAUUUCAUGAAGCCUUCUCACCAAGGUUACCCACACCGGAAUUUCCAGGAAGAAAUAGAGUUCCUUAAUGCAAUUUUCCCAAAUGGAGCAGCAUAUUGUAUGGGACGCCUGAAUUCUGACUGUUGGUACUUGUAUACUUUGGAUUUCCCAGAGAGUAGGAAAAUCAAUCAGCCAGAUCAAACCCUGGAAAUUCUGAUGAGUGAGCUUGACCCAGCAGUUAUGGACCAGUUCUACAUGAAAGAUGGUGUUACUGCAAAGGAUGUCACUCGUGAGAGUGGAAUUCAUGACCUGAUACCAGGUUCUGUCAUUGAUGCCACAAUGUUCAAUCCUUGUGGGUAUUCAAUGAAUGGGAUGAAAUCGGAUGGAACUUAUUGGACUAUUCACAUCACUCCAGAACCAGAAUUUUCUUAUGUUAGCUUUGAAACAAACUUAAGUCAGACCUCCUAUGAUGACCUGAUCAGGAAAGUUGUGGAAGUCUUCAAGCCAGGAAAAUUUGUGACCACCCUGUUUGUAAAUCAGAGUUCUAAAUGUCAUACAGUGCUUUCCUCACCCCAGAAGAUUGAAGGUUUUAAAUGUCUUGAUUGCCAGAGCGCUUUGUUCAAUGAUUACAAUUUUGUUUUUACCAGUUUUGCUAAGAAGUAGCAACAACAGUAGAGUUGAUUAAGAAACAUGAAGAAAAAACACAAAAAGAGAACACACAUAGAAGGUGGUGGCUGCUUUUUAGAUAUUGAUUCCAAGGGCCAUGCUUUCCAUAACCACCACCUCAUAGUUGCAGAAAGCCCUAGAUGUAAUGAUAGUGUAAUCAUUUUGAAUCGUAUGCAUUAUUAUAUCAAGGAGUUAGAUAUCUUGCAUGAAUGCUCUCUUCUGUGUUUAGGUAUCCUAUGCCACUCUUGCUGUGAAAUUGAAGUGCAUGUAGAAAAAACCUUUUACUAUAUGAAACUUUACAACACUUGUGAAAACAAUUCAAUUUGGUUUAUGCACAGUGUAAUAUUUCUCCAGGUGUCAUCCAAAAUUCCCCACAGACAAGGCUUUCGUCCUCAUUAGGUGUUGGCCUCAGCCUAGCCAUCUGGGACUGUUCUAUUAAUUGCUG